UUAUGUCUUUUUUUUAAACAGAUUUAUCUUUGAGAAUAAUUUCAUAAAAAAAAAAUCUUUGAAGAAGCUACACCUCUCUCAGAACUCUGUCCCAUUAAAAAACUGUUCCAACAAUGAUUACAUCAGAGUUGCCAGUGUUACAGGAUUCAACUAAUGAAACCACUGCUCAUUCAGAUGCUGGCAGUGAGCUUGAAGAAACAGAGGUCAAAGGGAAAAGAAAAAGGGGUCGUCCUGGCCGGCCUCCAUCUACAAAUAAGAAACCUCGGAAGUCUCCUGGAGAGAAGAGCCGUUCUGAAGCUGGAAUUAGGGGAGCUGGCCGUGGAAGAGCUAAUGGCCAUCCUCAACAGAAUGGAGAAGGGGAGCCUGUCACAUUAUUUGAAGUAGUAAAACUGGGGAAAAGUGCAAUGCAGUCUGUGGUGGAUGACUGGAUUGAAUCAUAUAAGCAGGACAGGGAUAUAGCACUUCUGGAUUUAAUCAACUUCUUUAUCCAGUGUUCAGGAUGUCGAGGUACUGUGAGAAUUGAAAUGUUCAGAAAUAUGCAGAAUGCAGAAAUCAUCAGAAAAAUGACAGAAGAAUUUGAUGAGGACAGUGGUGAUUAUCCCCUAACCAUGCCUGGACCUCAGUGGAAAAAAUUUCGCUCUAACUUUUGUGAAUUCAUUGGAGUUCUGAUUCGACAGUGUCAAUAUAGCAUAAUUUAUGAUGAGUAUAUGAUGGAUACAGUUAUUUCCCUUUUGACUGGUUUAUCAGAUUCCCAAGUCCGAGCUUUUAGGCAUACAAGUACAUUAGCUGCCAUGAAGCUUAUGACUGCUCUGGUGAAUGUUGCCUUAAAUCUAAGUAUUCAUCAGGAUAAUACACAAAGACAAUAUGAAGCAGAAAGAAACAAAAUGAUUGGUAAGAGAGCAAAUGAAAGGUUGGAGUUACUACUUCAGAAACGGAAAGAGCUACAAGAAAACCAAGAUGAAAUUGAAAACAUGAUGAACUCUAUUUUUAAGGGUAUUUUUGUUCAUAGAUAUCGUGAUGCAAUUGCAGAGAUUAGAGCCAUUUGUAUUGAAGAAAUUGGAGUAUGGAUGAAAAUGUAUAGUGAUGCUUUCCUAAACGACAGUUAUUUAAAAUAUGUUGGUUGGACUCUUCACGAUAGGCAAGGUGAAGUCAGGCUGAAGUGUUUAAAAGCACUACAGAGUCUGUAUACCAAUAGAGAGUUGUUUCCCAAAUUGGAAUUAUUCACUAACAGAUUCAAGGAUCGCAUUGUAUCAAUGACACUUGAUAAGGAAUAUGAUGUUGCUGUGGAAGCCAUUCGAUUAGUUACUUUAAUACUUCAUGGGAGUGAAGAAGCACUUUCCAAUGAAGAUUGUGAAAAUGUUUACCACUUGGUAUAUUCAGCACACCGGCCUGUUGCAGUAGCAGCAGGUGAAUUCCUUCAUAAAAAGCUAUUUAGCAGACAUGAUCCCCAAGCAGAAGAAGCAUUAGCAAAGAGGAGGGGUCGGAACAGUCCCAAUGGGAAUCUUAUCAGGAUGCUGGUUCUUUUCUUUCUUGAAAGUGAGUUGCAUGAACAUGCAGCUUACCUGGUGGACAGUUUGUGGGAAAGCUCUCAAGAACUAUUGAAAGACUGGGAAUGUAUGACAGAAUUGUUAUUAGAAGAACCUGUCCAAGGAGAAGAAGCAAUGUCUGACCGGCAAGAGAGUGCUCUUAUAGAGCUGAUGGUUUGUACAAUUCGUCAGGCUGCUGAAGCCCAUCCUCCAGUGGGAAGGGGGACUGGCAAGAGAGUGCUAACUGCCAAAGAAAGGAAAACUCAAAUUGAUGAUAGAAACAAACUGACUGAACAUUUUAUUAUUGCACUUCCUAUGUUGCUAUCAAAGUAUUCUGCUGAUGCCGAGAAGGUAGCUAACCUGCUUCAGAUUCCACAGUAUUUUGACCUAGAAAUCUAUAGCACAGGCAGAAUGGAAAAGCAUCUGGAUGCCUUAUUGAAGCAAAUUAAAUUUGUUGUGGAGAAACAUGUAGAAUCAGAUGUUCUAGAAGCUUGCAGUAAAACUUACAGCAUCUUAUGUAGUGAAGAAUAUACAAUCCAAAAUCGUGUUGAUAUAGCGCGGAGCCAACUGAUAGAUGAAUUUGUCGAUAGAUUUAACCACUCCGUGGAAGAUCUAUUGCAAGAGGGAGAAGAAGCUGAUGAUGAUGAUAUUUAUAAUGUUCUCUCAACACUAAAGAGAUUGACUUCUUUUCACAAUGCUCAUGACCUUACAAAAUGGGAUCUAUUUGGUAACUGCUACAGAUUACUGAGGACUGGAAUUGAGCAUGGAGCUAUGCCAGAACAGAUAGUAGUUCAGGCACUUCAGUGUUCCCAUUACUCAAUUCUGUGGCAGUUGGUGAAAAUUACUGAUGGCUCUCCUUCUAAAGAUGAUUUGUUAGUAUUAAGGAAAACUGUGAAAUCCUUCUUGGCCGUUUGCCAGCAGUGCCUAUCCAAUGUUAACACCCCAGUCAAAGAAGAGGCUUUCAUGUUGCUUUGUGACCUCUUGAUGAUUUUCAGCCACCAGUUAAUGACAGGGGGCAGGGAGGGGCUUCAGCCUUUGGUGUUUAAUCCAGACACUGGACUGCAGUCUGAGCUCCUCAGUUUUGUGAUGGACCAUGUCUUCAUUGACCAAGAUGAAGAGAACCAAAGCAUGGAAGGUGAUGAGGAAGACGAAGCCAACAAAAUUGAGGCCUUACAUAAGAGAAGAAACCUUUUGGCGGCAUUUAGCAAACUUAUCAUUUAUGACAUUGUGGACAUGCAUGCGGCUGCUGACAUCUUCAAACACUACAUGAAGUAUUACAAUGACUAUGGUGACAUCAUCAAAGAGACGUUGAGUAAAACAAGGCAGAUUGAUAAGAUUCAGUGUGCAAAAACUCUCAUUCUCAGUUUACAGCAGCUAUUUAAUGAGCUUGUUCAAGAACAAGGCCCCAACUUGGACAGGACAUCUGCCCAUGUCAGUGGCAUUAAAGAAUUGGCUCGCAGAUUUGCUCUCACCUUUGGGCUGGAUCAAAUCAAGACCAGGGAAGCAGUUGCAACACUUCACAAAGAUGGCAUAGAAUUUGCUUUCAAAUACCAAAAUCAGAAAGGACAGGAGUAUCCACCUCCUAACUUGGCUUUCCUUGAAGUUUUAAGUGAAUUUUCUUCUAAACUUCUUCGACAGGACAAAAAGACAGUCCAUUCAUAUCUAGAGAAAUUUCUGACAGAGCAGAUGAUGGAAAGGAGAGAAGAUGUAUGGCUUCCACUCAUCUCCUAUAGAAACUCGUUAGUUACUGGAGGGGAAGAUGACAGAAUGUCAGUGAAUAGUGGAAGCAGCAGUAGCAAAGCUUCAUCAGUAAGGAAUAAGAAAGGACGGCCACCACUUCACAAAAAGAGAGUUGAAGAAGAAAGUUUGGAUGGCACAUGGCUAAACAGGAAUGACACAACCAUUCAGACACCUGGAGCCCUUCCCACCCCCCAGCUCACAUCCACUGUACUGAGAGAAAACAAUCGACAGAUAGGAGAACAAAUUCAAGAACACGAGUCAGAACAUGGAUCUGAACCAGAUUUUUUACACAAUCCUCAGAUGCAGAUCUCCUGGUUAGGCCAACAAAAGUUAGAAGACUUAAAUCGAAAGGACAGAACAGGAAUGAACUACAUGAAAGUGAGAAGUGGAGUAAGGAACGCAGUCCGAGGCCUUAUGGAAGAUGAUGCUGAGCCCAUCUUUGAAGAUGUGAUGAUGUCAUCCAGGGGUCAGUUGGAGGAUAUGAAUGAAGAAUUUGAAGACACAAUGGUUAUAGAUCUGCCCCCUUCAAGAAACCGAAGAGAACGAGCGGAAUUGAGGCCAGAUUUCUUUGAUUCUGCAGCUAUCAUAGAAGACGAUUCAGGAUUUGGAAUGCCUAUGUUCUGAAGACUGAUGAAGAAAUUUUAUAAAUCUGGAACUCUGUUAUUUAGAGCUAGAGGCCUAUAUACUGUGAUAGCUUGUAUUGAAAAAAAAAAAAAAAAACACUUUUGAUGUGAUCUGCUUUGUUUUUUAAUCAAAUGAUUAAGGUCAAUCCCUUUUUGCAGUGACAGAGCAGAAGAGAGGAGCAUGUAAAUUACACAAAGGAAUGUCAGUGAAUAGUCACCUCAGAAAGACUGACCUGAAAAAUCAUUUGUAUUCUAGUACUGGACUAUCCCAAUACAGAUGUGUGUGGUUUUUUUCUGGAUGGGGGGUUUGGGGGAUUUUAAAUUUUUAAAACAGCUGUCAAGAUAAACACUGUUGUACACCUGUUUUAUGAAAACUCAACAUUGAGUGGAAAAAAAUAUUUUUAACUUUAUUUUCCUGCUGUACAAUUUAAAACUGUUUUAACAUUUGCCUUUUUAUGUUUUAAGAGCUAACCAUUUUUAUUAAACCUAUGCCAGUCAGUCAUUGACUAGCGAUAAUGCUAUAUAAGCCGGUCAUCCUGGUUGCAGAAGAGUGUUUUUCAACACACUGGAUGUGGUUGACAUUGUGGUCCAUGGCCAUGGAGAGGAGCAGGACACUGACAGCCCACGGCAGAGCCCUAACCCAGUGCACUGCUGCCAAAUACACACACACACACACACACAUGGGUACACACGCGUGUGCACGCGCACACACACACAGACUCCAAGACAGGGAUGAAAAAUCCAGGUUUUAUAUACUCUUGAAAAAGAAGGUUUAUUUUUAUUUAUAAGGGGGCAUAAAAUCAGAAAUGUCCAUGCAGCCACUUUUCCAACAAAUGCUGUGCAACAAUGCAUUUUAUAUAGCACCAGGGAGACACAAACACAGUACAUUUUCUAUGGGUAUUUGUUCUGUGCAUUUUUAGCAACUUAUACCAGCAAAUAAAGUAUUCUCAGUAAAACAAACAGUUCUCAAGUUAUCAGUUUGCUGUUUUUAUCACAUAUCAUGCCCUGCCAAACCCAAGGUACACAGACUGCCAUUUCCUUAGGAAAAUAAUCAUGAAUUCCUCAAAUAAUCACUUUGCCGUUCAGAAGCUAUUUUUACUGUACCAUAGAUGUGUCUACUUCCCAAGCAGUAAAUACCUUUAUGUAUUCAAUAAUUUUGUUAAUUUUGCCAGUUAGAAGUAUAUGCUGCAUAGAAGUGUGUGCUUAGAGGGUGAAGUUCUUAAACUUAUCAAGGAAUCCAGCUCCAUUUUCAGUGUUAACUGUGCAUAUAAAAAUUAUUCUUUGGACGGGAGGAGAGAAAUCAUGAAUUUUCAUGACUGAAGAAAGGCCAAACUAGUUUUGAGCCAAUUCAUUGUGCUUAAGAGAUUUAGAUGUCUUCAGUGGUUUGAAGUUUCAUUCUGUUUAGCUUUUCUAACUAUGCCCAGUUGCUGCUAUUGUAGUUUGAGAAAACAACUUUUCCUUAUCAUUUUUGAUUCUUUACUUUAGCACCGGAACUUCAAAACACAGCCAUCCAACUGUAAGAACGGCUAUCUCUGAUUAAGUGGUUAUUUUUAAAACAGCUGCAACAAAAUCAUGAGAUUUUCACUUUUACCAAAAAUUUCAUUCUUUUUUAAAAAGGAUAAAAAUCUGCACACCCAGUGAUUAUCUUUUGGGAAGAAAGAGGAAAAAAAAAAAACUGGAUGUUUUCAUCCUUUUAAAAAACAUAAAAAAUCAAGACUUUUUUCAAAGUGUGUAUACAGUCCUCAAAAGACUUGGUUGCCAAAAAUGUUUGACUUGCUAAUUCAGCAGUUCCUCAGCCGGGGUUAAGAGGGGACAACAAUGCUGUGCUGUUAGAAAAUUGACGUUCUUGGAAGAACAGCAGGAAUAGCUGUAUUAACACGUCAGCUCAGUAGUUCUGAGAGAGUGGAGGAUCAUGAUCGAUGCUGCAUGGUUUGAGUCACAAUCACAGGCCGGUCUUGUUCUUCACAGUCCUCUGUGGAAAACUGAAUCCUAACUUAGAAUUGUAGAAUACUGUAUAACAAAAAACAAAAACAAAAAAAAAGUUUAAUAUCUAGGUACCUCCAAUGGGUUUCCAAUUCAGUUUGAAGUCAAAUAGAUUUUUGUAUUUUGAGUGUCUCCUUGAUUGGUUUUGCUAGUACUUCUGUAAAUUGUACAUUUACAAUAUGAGGUUUUUCCUUUUGUACAAUUUGAAACUGAUGCUUCACCUUUCCUUUAAUAAACUAUUCAAAAUCA